AUGCGGCGGCCGUGCAAGGUGGCGGCGGCCCUGCUGUGCCUGGCCGUGCUGCUGCUGCUCUAUCUGCUGGCGGGCAGCGCGGCCCCGCCGCCCGCGCCCUCCGCGCCCGCCCGCCGCCCGCCGCGCCUCGGCCGGAGCCCCCCGAGGAGGAGCCCCGCGGGCGGCGGCAGCGCCAGCGCCAGGAAGCCUGCAGAGCAGAAACAUCCAAAGGAGCCCUCAUCCUUGCAGUGCAUGCAUCUGGCAGUGGUGGCAUGUGGGGACCGGCUGGAGGAGACACUGAUCAUGCUGAAAUCAGCAGUUCUCUUCAGCAACAACAGGCUCUGCUUCCACAUCUUUGCUGAGGAUUCCCUUAAGCCUGAAUUUGAGAAGAAAUUAAAGGAGUGGCCUUCCUCAUAUGCAAAGAAGUUUGAAUCCAGCAUUUACCCAAUAACCUUCUCGGUAGGAAAUGCUCAGGAAUGGAAGAAGUUAUUCAAACCAUGUGCUGCCCAGCGCCUGUUUCUUCCGGUGAUUUUAAAGGAUGUGGAUUCCCUGCUUUACGUGGACACUGAUGUGCUGUUCCUGAGGCCCAUGGAUGACAUCUGGCACCUCCUGAGAGAGUUCAACUCCACCCAGCUGGCUGCCAUGGCCCCCGAGCACGAGAUCCCCAAGAUUGGCUGGUACAGCCGCUUUGCCCGUCACCCUUUUUACGGCACCACCGGUGUCAACUCCGGGGUGAUGCUGAUGAAUUUGACACGGAUCCGCAGCACGCAGUUCAAGAACAGCUUGAUACCAGGUGGCUUGACUUGGGAGGAAAUGUUAUAUCCAUUGUACCAAAAGUACAAAAAUUACAUCACGUGGGGAGACCAGGAUUUGCUAAAUAUAAUAUUUUACUUUAACCCAGAGUGUCUGUACGUGUUCCCCUGCCAGUGGAACUACCGGCCUGACCACUGCAUGUACGGCAGCAACUGCAGAGGGGCAGAGGAUGAGGGGGUCUCCAUCCUGCACGGCAACAGAGGGGUCUACCACGAUGACAAGCAGCCCACCUUCAAGGCCCUCUACGAGGUGAUCCGGGAUUUUCCAUUUGAAGACAAUCUCUUCCAGUCCUUGUACUACCCUCUGCAGUCAAAGUUUCUGGAUACAGUGCACACUUUAUGUGGGAGAAUUCCACAAGUAUUUUUGAAGCAAAUUGAGAAAACUAUGAAGAAAGUGUAUGAAAAUCGUGUCAUUGUGUACUUGGGGGCUAACCACAGAUACUAA